CAAGGCAUUGUGUGGGAAUUCGACCAAUUCUUCGUGGGGUCAUCUGUGCUCCAACCGUGUGUAUUUGAACGUGUGUGUGUACCGAGGAUUCUUGACGUCACCAGCAGCAGCAGCAGCAGAAAGCAGACAUCUCGGCCCCGUGUCCAGUAGUAGCAGCAAGCGCAGCAGGAACAACGAUGAAUCAGCAGUGCAAAGUUUGUGGCGAACCGGCCGCCGGAUUCCACUUCGGAGCGUUCACUUGCGAAGGUUGCAAGUCGUUCUUCGGCCGGUCGUACAACAACUUGUCGUCGAUAUCGGAGUGCAAAAACAAUGGCGAGUGCAUCAUCAACAAGAAGAACCGGACCGCCUGUAAGGCGUGCCGGCUGCGGAAGUGCCUGAUGGUGGGCAUGUCGAAGAGCGGGUCCCGGUACGGACGGCGCUCGAAUUGGUUCAAGAUCCACUGCCUGCUGCAGGAGCAGCAGCAGGCGGCGCAGCAGCAUCAGCAGCAACACCAGCAGCACCAAGGACAGGGUCCGCACCAGAAGCCACCGCCGCCGCCGGUCGGCAUGCACCCGGGAAUGUUCCACGGGGCGUCCCCGUACGGGCUGUAUGCGCGGCCUCCGUGCACCAAGGAGGAGCUGAUGCUGCUCGGGCUCGAGGAGUACACCAAGCACCCGGCGUCGGCCUCGCCGUCGGUCAGCUCGCCCGACAGCCACAACUCGGACAGCUCGAACGAGAUCAACGACCGGCGGCACGCGCUGCUGCGGCAGGGCAAGUCGCUCCACCACGACUCCGGGCUCGGCAAGGACCUCUUCUUGCCGCUCCCGUUCGGUGGCCUACCGCUGAUGCCACCACCGGGCUUCCUGCCCUCGUCGCACCUGAUGUUCCCCGGGUUCCACCCGGCACUCUACUCGCACCCGCAGGCGGGUCUCCUGAAGCCGGCCGACGGACCCCACCUGACGCUGCCCAGCUCCCCGCUGGCCAACAACAACAACAGUCGCUUCACGCCAAAUCACAACACCGAGCCCAACCCGCACCAGACAUUGGCCGCGGGCGGUGGUGGUGCCGGUCCAGGCAGCGGUGGCGACGGCCGGGGUAGCGAUAGUGGCAAAUCGCCCGACUCCUACUCCAAGCGCUUCAUCCUGGACCAGGUUCUGGAGUCACAGCGCUGCCCAAGCAACGGAACCGUCAGCAGCGACAAGGACGAACCGGAACCGGAAGAGGUCGGCCCCGCGACGAUGACGCCACCGAGAUCACCCGUCGUGUCGGUCGUGUCGCAGCCCCCCUCGGCCACCUCCGUACGGCAGCCAGGACACCACCAGCACCACCACCAAAACCACCACCACCACCACCACAAUCACCAGCAGGACAAUCCGAUCGAUCUGAGCAUGAAGACGGGCAGUAGCUGCACCUCGGUCGACGACCGGCGGUCCUCCAUCUCCGGGGCCGAGUCGAACGGGUCCGAUGAUGAAGCUGCCACCGUUACCGCCGUCGACAGCCGCACACCGCCCGGACUUGAUGGGUACUCCAAGUAUGCGCCCGCACCAGCCGUGGCCACCAAAACCGCACCGUCCAACAACAACAACAACAACAUCGGCAACCACCAAGCGCCGCAGUCGCUGACGCCCUCGCCGACCAAGCAGCACCUGGAGUCACCACCAGUCCACCGGUCAGAGUCGCCGCAGCACGUCGUCCGCCAGCACCACCCGCCAGCACACCACCCGUACCACCCGCAGCACCUGGCACGGCGGCACCAUCGCCACCAGGCUCUCGGUCACCUUAACCAUCACCACCACCACCACCUGCAGCGCGGCAGUGGCAGCGAGUCCGACCUGGAGCCGGACCUGGAGACGGAGUACGACCGCGAGGUGAACCGCAUGAAGCUGCAGGGCACCACCCCGUUGGACCUCACCACCAAGGUCUAG